AUGAAAUUCCUGGCUGCUGCCGUCUUGGGAGUCCUCCUGACUCUGUCACUAGCCAAUGAUAAUGUCGAUGUCAACAAUUCUGGUAAUGAUGGUGGCAAUGUAAAUCAGCAAGUCAACAUUAACAAUCAGGACAGGAUUGCCAAUAUCAAUAGAUUUAAUGGCUGGGACUCCUGGGAUUCCAUCUGUGACUAUGGCAAUGGAUUUGCUGCAACCAGACUGUACAAGAACAAAAUCUGUGUCAUCAACAAGAUGAAGUCAAACUUCCCCACUCUGCAGCAGCUGAAAGCAAUUUCCGAAAAUAACCAGGUCCCACAAUCUGUUGACAUGACAACUUACACAAUCAACCAGAAACCCAUUAUUAACAUUGGAGAGUACGGACGUCACAUCGAAGCUCUCUGCAAAGGCAUGCCAGCCUACACCGCCAUUGAGCUGCCUCAAGCCGAAGAAGGAUUUGCUCUCUGCCACACCAACAGCAUGAUCACAAUUUUGGGAAUCAGCUUCUGUUUUUAA